AUGCAAAACACAGUAGAUUAUCUAGAAUAUCUUGCAGAGCAAGAAGAAUAUGCACCACCACGAGCUCCAAAACAUGAUCCUGGUCCUUCUGAUCAUUCGUAUCAACCUAUUGAAAUAUCUUCUCCAUUUGGCCAAUAUCCGACAUAUCCAUCAAAUCCUGAGAUGAAUGAACAAUAUUUAUCACAGUCAUAUAUACCUCAAGCUGCAGAAAUAUCAUUACCUUUAUCUCCUCUAGAUGAGGUUCGGAGCAAAAUGGUUGAUAUACAAACAGUUCCUUCACAUCAAUUAAUGAUAUAUUCCCAUAGACCGCAAUUUCAAAAUAUUUCUAUUGAAAUGACAGAAGGCACGAUACAUUCAUCAGCAUCAUCAUCGCAACAAGAAAAUAUAGCUCCAUCGUCAUUAACAUUACCAGGUGUAACGAUGACGAGAAAUCGUUCGAGAAUUAAAAACCCAAAAAUUGAAAAUAUGCCACAAAUACGUUCAGGUUUUACUGCUCAAAUACAAACGAGUAAUACACCUCUUAGACAAGAAUUUCGGGAGAGCGAUAUUAUGUCUCCUACUCAUUUUAAACAAUUAUCGUCACAACACAGGAAUAGUAACAUAUCAACGUUGUUUUUCGGUAGUAGUGUUAGUAGUAAUGAUUCAAUAUUACAAACUGAAGUAAGAGUCGCUCAUGGCGAUCCCGAUGACCCUUUAUUAAAUAAUCAAAAUCGACUCAAUAUUUCCAAAAUUACCACCCGAUCUUUUCCCCAACAACUUGUUCCCCACUAUCAUCAUCAAUCACAAAAUAAAGAAAGCGAAGACCUUACAUCUCCCGUUUCUCCUGGUGCGAUAACGGAAACUCCAUUAUUUAAUUCAGAUAAAACAGGUUAUAAACCAAAAG